AUGUCAACAGAUAGAAGUUUUGACAAUUUCCAGCCUGUGUCUCUGAAGCAAGAGGGAGAUGACGAGCCCUCUGAGACUGAUCACCUGUCCACAGAAGAGGGUGACCUAGGCAAGAACUCAGCAACAGGGCAGAUUUCAAGACAACCAAGUGUGACUGAAACAACAUUCUACCCCAAUCCUUACCACAGGUCUUACAUGUCACGGAAAUACUUUGUUACACGGCCAGGGGCCAUCGAGACUGCCAUGGAAGAUUUGAAAAGCCACAUAACAGAGACUUCCGGAGAGACCAUUCAAGGCUUCUGGCUCUUGACUGAGAUAAACCACUGGAACAAUGAAAAGGAGAGGAUUGUGCUGGUCACAGAUAAGACUCUCAUGAUUUGCAAAUAUGACUUCAUUAUGCUUAGCUGUGUGAAGCUGCAGAGGAUCCCCCUGAGUGCUGUCUGUCGCAUCUGCCUGGGCAAGUUUGCCUUCCCUGGGAUGUCACUGGAUAAGAGACAGGGAGAAGGCCUUCGAAUCUACUGGGGCAGUGUGGAGCAGCAAUCCCUGCUGUCCCGCUGGAACCCGUGGUCCACUGAAGUUCCUUAUGCUACUUUCACUGAGCACCCUAUGAAACAAAACAGUGAGAAGUUUCUAGAAAUUUGCAAGUUGUCUGGAUUUACAUCUAAACUUGUUCCAGCUAUCCAGAAUGCACAGAAGAAUUCCACAGGAUCUGGAAAAACAAAGGAACUUAUGGUGUUAACUAAACCCAUUGUGAUUGAGACAUACAUGGGGCUAAUGUCAUUCAUUGGAAAUCGCAACCAGCUUGGCUAUUCUCUUGCACGUGGAAGUAUUGGUUUUUGA